GAACGAGGGACCUCUGCGCUUCCCACAACGAGAAUGUAAGAACACAAAGACUGGUAUAAAUGAUGAUUACGUAACAUUUAAACACUAUGACAACGUCGAAAAUGAUUCUACUAGGAAGUACACUCAUUUAUAUAUUGAUUGUACACACAUUUUUAUUAAUAAUUAAGAUGAAAUCACAUGUAUGAAAAACACUUUGAGUUAUAACAAAUCACAUACUGAGCAUAGUUCAUAUCGUAUAUUAUACAGAAUAAAAUAUCAUACGAGAGAAAAGAAAACGGACAUAAUCUGGAACGAAAAUUCAUCAUGAGUAAAUCCAAUCGAAAAUUGACUUUUCUUUCCAUCAUAUCGAUUUGUAACCAAAUCACUUAUUUUGUUGUUUUGUACAAUGUUCGCUUAACCAAAGUUCAAUGAAGCAAUUAAUGAAUUUCGUUAUAAAUUUGUGUAAUUUUAUUGUAUGGAUCAUUAGUAAUACUGAACAUUCGAAUAAUUCCAUAUUGAGUGCGAUAACGUUAAUGACUACAAGUCACCCCAUCUUAUGUAGUGAGCAACUACAAUGAAUCUGAUGAGAACAGUUUUCGUCGGCUUUCAAUGUUUGUUUUUAAUCUUGUGAAGAUGAUACAGCAAACUAGUCAGAUGGAAUUCAAAUUCUGUCCAUGAAUCCAAACUUGUUGUGAAACAUUGAUGAAUGAGGCAAGAAAUAGUCAUGUGAAUGAAUAUUUAAGGUUUUAUGUAAUCCAUGAAAUUGUUUAUCUCCAUUACUGUAUUAUUGUGAAUUCUUACUCAUUUCAGUUGAGUUUAGAAUUAGUGGUUGAGGAAGGUGAAUUGUUGACAAAUCUCUAUUACAGAUAGUUAAACGAUGAUGAAAUUGGCAUUGGAUAGUGUUUCAGAGAUAAAUUGUCAGAAUAAUUCUAAUUGCACCUUCCAUCAUUAUGCGGAACCAGUUGUUCUCAGUGGUGUCAUAUUAACAUUUAUAGGUUUACUUAUUGGAUUAGCAAUCAUAUUGAUUAAGAAACUACAUUCCACAUCCAUAAUGAACACUGUCUUCAUGGUUAUAACGCAUUAUGUACUAGAUACAUCCUGGAUAAGUUGGUGGUGUGCAAUUUUAAUUGUGAUUGUAUACACAGCAUAUUAUUUGUGUAGAUCCGGUAAAGAAGAACAGUCUGAUGUUCUGUACAUUACUUUCUUACGGUCUUAUGAAUACAUCUCCCUAAUUGUCGUUUCACAAUUUAGUUUAAAUUCAUUCAUCGAUUGUCAUUGGAACAGUGGGAAUACUGAAUGAGACAAUGAUUGAUCAUGAUGAAUAGAUGCUAUUCCAUUGAAUGUUUUUAUAUGUUUGACGAUUAUUGUAAAUGGCUUUGUUAUUUAUAAUAGAUGUUCUGUUAAAUAGACGUUCGCCUCUUAUAAUCAUUCACAAUGUAGAACCACGCAUAUUUAUGCAUCAAUCGAAGUUGCCAUACCUCUUAAUCACAACAAGAUGAACACCGAAUUCAUAGAAGUUGUUACUCCAAUGGUCGUAAUAUAUUAAAGAAAGAUUGUAUAUAAAGAUAAUGUACAGGAAGAAAGAAUUAGUUGGUAGAAAGAUUUGAAGCGACUUCAAUCUCAUAGUUUGAGGGAAGACAGAAAGUGUAUGCACCUAAUGCACGUGAACCCAAACCAAGACAACAUCAGCCGCCUUAAUUACAACUAGAAGUAGACAAAGAAAAUUUAUUGUCUCAAUAGUGGCAUCUAGUGUUUUUCGAACUGGACGUUCACUGUUUGGAUACAAGUACAUCUAGCUAAUGAGUUCCAAAUAGGAUGAAACCAACUUCCUGGAUUCCACUAAUAAACACACCACAACUAUUCUAUAAAAACGUGUGACAAUGAGUAUACCUAGAUAAUUUGAAUAGGAUUUGCAUAUACGAACUAAAUCUGAUCAAAGUCUAGUCCAAAUAAAAACUACGGGGUGAUCCAUUCAAUUAAAAAUUGAAUUAAAAUCGAUGGGAGCUUAAAUAUAUAGUCCGUAUAUUGAAUGCCAAUAAAGCUUUCAUGGUGUGUGCAUCACCGAUAACCAUAUAAAGCUGAGAAAAUGAUCUUUGGAAUUUUCCAACCACCUGUAUGUUUACAAAAGUGUUUUGUUCAUUUCUUUUCCCUACCGUAUCCUUUACGAACUAUCGGUAACAAAAAUGACCAUUUUUUGCAGCCCAUCACUUGAGAUAAUAUUUUUGUUAAUAUCAUAUCCACUGUUACGUUCAUCGUUUUAUUUUCUGCUCAUUUCACACAUUAUUCACAUGACCUCGUCGCUUUGUCUUUAGGAACGCAAUCCAGGACAUAAGUCUUAUUGUAUUUGGAACUUGUCAGCCAGUUGAGUAUGCAUCUCGAUGUUGUUCACACUAAGACUGAAACUCAGUUCCUAUCGUUUUGAACAUUUAAGGUUUAUACGCUUCGCUAGUGAGACCAUAUAGUCAUCAACCUUUUCAAAGUAUUGGUAAAGGUUUGUGAUUUCCCACUGUCUAUUUGUCCGUAAUUAACUGGUCUAUUGUGCCAUUUGUUCGUCCUGGGCGGAUUUCUUCGACAUAACUAUUUAAAAAUUCAGGUACUAUGAUAUUUGAAUUAUGUAACGUAUUAGUGGUUUAUUCAUUUCGUUAUUCUUCUAUCUCUUAAACACACACCGACCAAAAAUAUGUAUUUGUUUAUAUUUCAGUUGAUCAAUAAUGAGACUAUUUAAAACCCUAGAUAGAAUCCACAAGUAAUCAAGUGUAUCAGAAGGGUUUUUCUGAAUGGUUGGGAUCAGUAGUCAAUUGAAACUAG